UGUAAUGGUGAAUUGGGGGAGGAUACUGAAUAUAUUAAAAGGCCAAAAACUCCACAGGAGUACUAUUCAUUUGAUUUUUGUAUCAAUACUCUGACGUAAAAGCGAUACAAUACAUCGUGGUAUCAUUAUACUGUAAUAGAUAAUCCUUAUUUGCCACAUGCUGCUUGUCACUAUACAUCGCUUGGAUGGAUUGAGCAGCAAGCUGUUUUAUUUAUGAUAAAUAAAGAAUAUUUUUGAGAUGACAUAAGUGAAAUGGGAGAAAUUCCAGUGCCGCAUUGAAGAAUUUAUUUAGGUUUAUCAAAUUGUCCAAAUUUAUAAAUCUUUACAAUAAAACUCCAUAUUUUUUUUUGCAUAUCUACCUCAUUGUUCCUCGUAUUUUGAUGGUUUCAAACCAUUCCAACAUUGAAUGGUUCAACACAGAGCCACUUUAAACCUUUUUUUCCUCACAUUCCAAUACCACAUUUGUAAAAUUCUCCAAUCAAGAGAUGGUUUCCAUAUUUACCUCCUCUCACGUUUCUUGAGGAAUUCAAAAGAUUCCAACUUCAAACAGCAGUUUGUUCGUUCAUUCUGAACGUCCAGUUUGACUAUUUAUCUAAUUUGCCAAUUCCCAAGUCUCUACAAUAACAUUUCAAUUUAAGAGACAUAAACUGCUACGUUCUCUAUUCCAGCCGUUCACUCAAUUGCACAGGAUUUUAAUUUAGCAUCGGCUCUUAAGCAGUCGCACAAUUUCAAGAGAAAUUGCCUUCCUUAUUUCUAAUAUGCUCUGUUUUGUUUGUUGUGGAUUCGUUUAUGGCACUUGAGUAACGAUUAUGUAAACUUUGAAGUCCAAAUAAGAAGUGAACAUUGUUACGGAGGACUGCCAAACAUCAGGGGUCACCCUCUUUGGCCACCCCGCUCGACAUAUCUCCACUUUCCUGCUCCGGAGGAUUCCUGCGUGGCUGCGUCUCCUCUUAUCAGCUCCCUUUGGUGACACAUAUACAGCAGCCGUGUAUCCAUGUAAGGGUCUGCACUCCCACCACAGGUUAUUAUAGGAGGUGGGGGAUGAUAACAGGCUGCGUAUAAAACCCACCCCGGCAUAGGGCCUCGGCUGGGACACCGCACGGGAUUUCGCGGACAUGGCAAGUAAAAAAGCGUCCAAUAAGAGACAGAGGGGAGCGCAGAAGUCUUGUUCCAAUGUCUUCUCCAUGUUCGAGCAGUCCCAGAUACAAGAAUUCAAGGAGGCUUUUGGCUGCAUUGACCAGGACAGAGAUGGCGUUAUUAAAAAACAAGACCUGAAGGAGACCUACGCACAGCUGGGAAAGCUCAAUGUGAAGGAAGAAGAGCUGGAUGAGAUGUUGAACGAGGGCAAAGGCCCCAUCAACUUCACCGUCUUCUUGUCUCUCUUUGGCGAGAAACUCAACGGGACCGAUCCGGAAGACACCAUCCUCGCCGCCUUCAAGCUUUUCGAUCCCAAUGCGACAGGCUUCGUCAACAAAGAAGAAUUUAGACGAUUAUUGCUGAACCAGGCUGACAAAUUCACACCCGAGGAGGUGGAUCAGGCUUUUGCGCUCGCUCCCAUCGACCCGACAGGAAACAUCGACUACAAGUCCCUCUGCUACAUCAUCACGCACGGAGACGAGAAGGAAGAGUCCUGAACGAGGCUCGCUCGUUGCAACGCUUCCAUCACUGGUGGUGAUGUUGGUCACCAUGACGACACAAAUAUUGGCCCAUCCUCAUUUUUAUUCUCUGCGUCAAGGUUGUCCUUAAAGUCACCCCAAUUUCAGUGCCAGCGCAUUCUACAAUCCCCCUGACUGUUUCCAUGGAUACAACAACAAACCCCUCACAAAAACUCAAAGCAGCUACUAUUCGUUCCUCGCCCAACCACUAAAAAAGACGACAUUGGACGAAGAUGGAGUGCUGGGUCGCAUCCAAAUGAGCGCAAGUUCGAUUCCAGAAUCGUCAGCGUGCGGGUCCUGCAGGUCGAGAUGCCGAUCGCAUCAGGAGCAUCGGGCCGAGUCAACGUGGGGUCAUCGGAUGUACCGAAGGUGGUGGCCGAAUUCGAUCACAGGAACUGCGACUCGUAUCUGCAACGGUGGGAAGGUUACUGUCAACUUGCAUCGGGAGAACAAUGUUAUUGUUGUUUGAAACGUUAACUGGCAAAUCGCGAGAUGAAACAAAAUAGAGUCAACGUUAAUUUAAACCCCAAACUCUUCAACCAAAUUCAAUUAUUUCCUGUAAUGGAACUGUUAGCAUAAUGCUAACAUAUAUUGCAAAAUGUCAUUGACGGGUUGACAAAAUUAGCAUAGAUGUUACGGUAAAUAUAACAACAGAACGUUUUUAACACAGAUUUAGCAACAAUACAAAGAAAGAAAGCAUUGAACACUACUUUUUCAGCACUUCAUCCGCUAUGUGUGAACUAUGACUAUUAAUGGCACCCAGAUGGGGCCCUUAUCCACCCCUUCCUCUUGGUCUUUAUCACGUUGCAUCUCUUCCCACAGACCAGCAUGUUGCAGUAUAAUGUAAUACUACACUAAGGCGUGUAACUAUAAAAGUGUACUUGUACACUGACAAGGAGUGAUACUUUUAUUUUAUGUCCAGUGCAUUCUAAUUGAAUCAUUGUGCCAUUUUUCAUUUCCCUAUAUUUAAGAAGACGGAUAAUGGUCCAACGGUGCAUGUUUUUCAUGGCCUUACAAAGAUGUGAAAUACACUCUCUAGGAAUAAGACCUCUGUCUCGUUUUGAUAAACGCAUGAGCCUCCAAUAGUUACUGUCUCUGACCCCAUUGACCUCGGAUGUCCUUCAAAAUCAAAGACCAGUUGAAAAUGUACUACUUGGACCUAACAUAAUUUAUAUGAAGAUCACAUGACGUAUACCCGGCAACCUAGUGGUUAAAAUGUCUGCCUCACGGUCAAGACAUUCUGUGUUUGAAUCUCAGCACAGGCCCGGGCUUCCGACUACAUUCCAAAGUUCAUGCAUGCCGGGUUCCUUGAAGACCAGAGAGGGGCACUGGGCGGUUCAGGCACAGUGUUAAGGGGGCACUGCCCCGCCCCGUGGAACAGGGGUGUCAAACUCGGAGGGCCGUUCUGACUGAAGCAAUGUAAAUCUUUCACCUCAUUAUAUUUACACAUAAAAUGUAUUAAUUAGUUUUGGAAUCAGAAAUCAAGGCUAAUGGCUUAUGAGCUAUUGUUGAUGUUAUAACACAAAACUGCUUGCAAUGUCUCAACAUCACUUAUGAUAUGACAAUUUGAAAUUUUGGUACAGAUUUUAAUAAAAAUCAUGGAAGUUGACACACGUGA